GCUAUCGGUCAACUUAUUUUGCUUAAACCUUGGCCCACGGGCCACAACGGCCCAAGUUUUGUCUCUACUAGCUUACUCAAAUACUCGCCUGUCACCUCACCACCUUCUCCCUGGCUUCUUGCCUUCUUGGUGCGCAAGUUUAACCAAGCGGUGCCUUCGUCUUUGUUGAACAGAAAACUAGAAAACUUUCUGCAUUUCCUCUGUGUAACGAUCGAAGAGCUUAACUAUGAGUCGUGGAAGUGGAGGUGGUUAUGAUCGCCAUAUAACGAUCUUCUCCCCCGAAGGUCGUCUCUUUCAAGUCGAGUACGCUUUCAAGGCCGUUAAGGCUUCUGGGAUCACCUCGAUUGGUGUCCGUGGAAAGGAUUCCGUAUGCGUUGUCACACAGAAGAAGGUCCCGGACAAGCUUUUGGACCAAACUAGUGUUACACAUCUUUUUCCCAUUACCAAAUAUCUUGGACUAUUAGCCACCGGAAUGACAGCUGAUGCAAGGACUUUAGUUCAACAAGCAAGAAAUGAAGCAGCAGAAUUUCGUUUUAGAUAUGGAUACGAGAUGCCUGUGGAUGUGUUGGCCAAGUGGAUUGCAGACAAAUCACAAAUUUAUACACAACAUGCCUAUAUGAGACCUUUUGGAGUAGCUGCUAUGAUUUUGGGUAUUGAUGAAGAAAAUGGGCCUCAACUCUUCAAAUGUGAUCCAGCUGGCCACUUUUUUGGUCAUAAGGCUACAAGUGUCGGCUUAAAAGAACAAGAGGCAAUUAACUUUUUGGAGAAAAAAAUGAAGAAUGAUCCUGCAUUCUCCUAUGAGGAAACAGUACAGACUGCAAUUUCUGCUCUGCAGUCAGUUCUACAAGAGGAUUUCAAGGCCACUGAAAUUGAGGUGGGAGUCGUGAGAAAAGAAAAUCCUGUAUUCAGAGUGUUGCCCACUGAGGAGAUUGAUGAGCACUUGACAGCCAUAAGCGAGCGUGACUGAGUUCGAAGAAGGAAUCAGAGCUGCCUAGCAUAAGAUCAUCUAGGUCGAUUAAAUACAGAACCAUACUGGGCUUAAACUUGUAUGGUCUUAGCUUGCCUGAGCAUGAUAUGAAUGAACCGGUUUUGGUUUUUGGUCUUAAACUAUGUAAACUUGUUCAUUUGAAGCUCCAUUGUUUUAACUUUUAGCUUAACGGUAUUUCUCUUUUUAUAUAUUAAAUUGGAAUCUACUAGUGCAGUUGUUCUGGCCUC